GCUUCGGCAAAACGUCAGUACUGUGAUGCAACCAGACGCAAAGAUAUUUCCGCAACUUCUCACAACUAGUCAGUUGAAAGAAUUUUCUGGUUAACGCUGUUUUGAACGGUAGCUUGUGUGUUGGUUGCUUUUGAGUCUGUUGCCGGUGAAACGAUAAACUUGCUAACGCUAGCUAGCAUCGCCACUUUUUUGUGGACUAGCAGGUGUCCGAUUUAAUUUUAUGACGGUUCGGUCUCGUUUUCUCUUCCAAGUUAGGAGCCGUGUUUCCUAAGUGUGUGUAUGUCGGAGCGCUGGCUGACGUUGUAGUCAGGCCGUGUGUACCCUGUUGUUUUUGCGGAUUAAAUGGCCACCGCGGCUCCCCCUCCAGCCUCCGGCUCAGCUGACAACCCGAAGCCGGGAUCGAGUGGCUCAAACGCGGCCGCUGACGGCGGCUCUCAGGACAGCACUUUCGAGUGUAAUAUAUGUCUGGACACCGCCAAAGACGCAGUAAUCAGCCUGUGUGGACACCUUUUUUGCUGGCCUUGCUUACAUCAGUGGCUGGAAACUAGACCCAGUAGACAAGUAUGUCCAGUUUGUAAAGCUGGUAUCAGCCGAGAGAAGGUCAUUCCUCUAUAUGGGCGGGGAAGCACAGGUCAACAAGACCCAAGAGAAAAAACACCACCUCGACCACAAGGGCAAAGACCUGAACCAGAAAAUCGCGGUGGAUUUCAAGGAUUUGGCUUUGGAGAUGGCGGGUUCCAGAUGUCAUUUGGAAUUGGUGCUUUUCCAUUUGGAAUUUUUGCAACAGCUUUUAACAUCAAUGAUGGGAGACCUCCACCAGCAGCCCCUGGGACACCACAGCACACAGAUGAACAAUUUCUGUCUCGACUCUUCUUGUUUGUUGCUCUGGUCAUUAUGUUCUGGUUACUGAUUGCAUAAGUAACCAGUAGUUGCCCUGGAGAAUGGUGUGUUAGACAUUAAAGUUAUUUUACAUAAUCAUUACCACAGUUUGCAUCAGUUUGAUUGUGCCUGCAUGAUAUUUUUAGUUAAAUUUUCUUGUAUUCUUUUGUAUGUGUAUUGAAAGACACAGGUGAUGGAAAACCAGUAAAUCUUAAAGUGCUUAGAUUUUAAACCAGUGUCACACAGGAUGGCCCGACAUAAAAUUGUAUUCUAUUUCAGUAGGAAACUGGGUCGGGGGAACUGCUUUGUGUUGUACAAUACAACUCUCUGUGACCUGAAUACAACCCAGUAUCAAGGUGUUCGGGUUAUGUUGUGGAGUUUUGGGAAACUUCAAAACACAGCAGUAAUCGUAUCAUGCUGGUGCAGCACAAUAAAUGGUUAUGAAGUUGUUGUGGUUUGGAAUGUGCUUUUCCACCUUGAUCAGCCAUCAUUCCUAAUGUCCAGUGGUGGGCACUAGAGGUGGGCGGAUCGAUCCUAAUAUCGAUACCAACGCUGGUAUUGAUAUUGAACGAUCCUUGUGUAAAAAGA